AAAAGUUAAACUUCAAUAGGAAGGUUCUUUGGUCAGUUACCCCAUGGAAUUCAAUAAAUUUUUUGUAGUGUAUCUGCAAAAAAACACAAAAAAACUACAGGGCUAGAUGACUGCUAGUUUUAGGGUGGGCCAGGGGUUUUCAGUACUUGAGCCCACUCAAAAUAAAGCCCAUGGACUUAAAAAAACGGAAAUGUUAUCAUAAAUACAUGUAUAACUUUUAUUAAUUCAUCAAAAUUAACCUUAUAUGCAGUGCUUGCACUUCGACUUGCAGUCAACGUUAAUGUUGAUGAACUAAACUUUUAUAAACCCAUGUAAAAAAAAAUUGUUUUGUUUAAAAAGAGCACAUUGAUAUACCAGUAUGAAUCAUCGGCUAUUGGAUGUCAAACACUUGAUUGAAAGGUUCAGUUUGAAAGAUCCCGCUUUACCUCAAUUAGUAGGACUCCAUCCAGUUAAAGAAUGGAAAGCAUAUACACUAAAUAAGCAUCCAGGUCUUUACAUAAUACUGAACCCAUUUGAAUCUGGUUUUGAAUGUUAUUGGGUGAGUCAGUGUCUGGAUAAAUAUUCACAAAAACCCAACAUUACUAAUUUGGAUGCCCACAUUGAGAGAACAGAGGACUUAUCUAUAUGGAAUGACUUUGUGAAAUUGAACAGGACUGAAAUAACAAAAGAUGACCUGCUUUGGAAGCUUAGGUGGACUACUUUAGGUUAUCAUUAUAAUUGGGAUACAAAAGAAUAUUCUGAUCACUUUACACCAUUUCCUGCUGAUCUAAGCUUCCUGGCAGCCUAUAUUGCAGCAGUGUUGGGAUACCCACAGUUCUCUGCUGAAGCUGGAAUCGUCAACUAUUACCAUAUGGAUUCAACUCUGGCAGGACACACCGACCAUUCUGAGUUUGACCAUGAUGCUCCCUUGAUUUCCAUCAGUUUUGGUCAAGAAGCAAUAUUCCUUAUAGGUGGGGUAACCAAGGAAACUGAACCUUCUGCUAUCUUUCUCCGACAUGGUGAUAUAUGUGUUAUGGCUGGUGCAUCCAGACUGGCUUACCAUGCAGUGCCAAAAAUAAUCCACAGUGACACAAGACCUCUUCCAACAGAGUUUCCCUCAUGGCUUUCAGAUCAUAUGUCUUGUGUAACACCAGCCAAUCAUACAUGUUCAUUUAGUGAGGAAGGUUGCCUGGCAACUGCACUAACCGAUCAGACCUGCUCAUGUGGUUCAAAGGGGUGUCUGAAUAUGUGUACUGACAUGUCAUUGAAGGAAAUAAACAAGGAUAUAAUCAAGACAUUAUUGGAACUGGACAGGAAUGCAUUUGACAUUUACCUCAAGUCUUCAAGGAUCAAUGUAAAUAUAAGACAGGUGUUCAAGCCAGGUCAGACUUUCCCAAACAAAAGAUAACACAUAACCAUGCACAGACAGUUAAUGACCGUUAACUUAAAUGUGGUUGACCACUAGUUUAAAAAAUGUCCGAUUGCAUAUGGAUAGAUGUGCGUGCAAAUAUAAAAUGAAUUAAUAAAUUA